UUUGCUGUGCGUGUGCUCGUAAAUUUCUACGUGAGAUUACGUAGAAAAUUUUUUCGUUGAUUUGUGACGAAGAAAAACGGUAUUCUGAGGUGUUGGGCGCUUGCGCGAGAUACGUCGGCGAGCGGUCUGGGUGCCAUCCGAUCAGCAGUGGGUGAUCGUCGGUGCCCUACGACGGUUCAGCGUGCCGACGUUGACAUCAUCGUCGACGUCCUUGACAAGACAAAGAGGCCGGGGAACCGUGUGUAGUGACGGGAGCAUGCUGUCCACGCGAAACUGUGAAUGACCACCGCGUCCACUUCGAGCAUCGAUAAGGGUGCCUCGGACACGAAGUGACACGCGAGAUACACCCGCAUACGCACACCCGCAUACGCACGCACGAGAGCGCAGGGGUGACACAGACGGAGGAGGGUCGUCGCGUGAAAGCGCGUCGAAGGGAUGGCCGACAGCGAGGGUGGCUCCGAGCAGGACGACGUAUCAUUCCUCCGCACGGAGGAUAUGGUAUGCCUGUCCUGUACCGCAACAGGAGAGAGGGUCUGUCUGGCAGCCGAGGGUUUUGGUAAUCGACAUUGUUUUCUCGAAAAUAUUGCAGAUAAGAACAUACCGCCGGACUUGUCGCAAUGCGUGUUCGUGAUAGAGCAGGCCCUCUCGGUGAGGGCCCUGCAGGAAUUGGUUACCGCUGCCGGCUCCGAGACGCAACAAGACAGUUUAGGAAAGGGCACCGGGUCAGGGCACAGGACCUUGUUAUAUGGUAACGCCAUAUUAUUGCGACAUCUAAACAGCGACAUGUACCUGGCGUGUCUAUCCACGAGUUCGUCGAACGAUAAGCUAGCCUUUGACGUCGGUCUACAGGAACAUUCUCAUGGUGAGGCAUGUUGGUGGACUGUGCAUCCCGCCUCCAAGCAGAGAUCCGAGGGUGAGAAGGUACGUGUAGGUGACGAUCUUAUUCUGGUAUCUGUUGCGACCGAACGAUAUUUGCACACGACGAAAGAAAAUGACCUAUCAGUGGUGAACGCAUCUUUUCACGUGACGCAUUGGUCGGUACAGCCAUAUGGAACCGGUAUCAGUAGGAUGAAGUACGUCGGUUAUGUCUUCGGCGGUGAUGUGUUGAGGUUCUUCCACGGAGGCGACGAGUGCUUGACGAUACCGUCGACAUGGAGUCCAGCACCCAGUCAAAACCUCGUAAUCUACGAGGGCGGUAGCGUGAUGAGCCAAGCGAGGUCGUUAUGGAGACUAGAGCUCGCCAGAACAAAAUGGGCGGGCGGCUUCAUCAACUGGCUACAUCCCAUGCGGAUCAGGCACUUGACAACUGGACGUUAUCUUGGUGUGAAGGAGAACAACGAGCUCUAUCUGGUCGAUAGGAACGAGGCGACAACUGAAACCUCAACGUUCUGGCUGCGGCAAGAGAAGGAUGAUCAAAAGAUUGUUCUUGAGGACAAGGAUCUGGAGGUCAUCGGAAUGCCGAUUAUAAAGUAUGGUGAUUCUACCGUGAUUAUGCAACAUGCCACCACGUGCCUCUGGGUGUCCUAUAAAUCAUACGAAACAAAAAAGAAAGGCGUCGGAAAAGUUGAAGAGAAACAGGCAGUACUCCAUGAAGAGGGUAAGAUGGACGAUGGUUUGGAUUUUUCCAGAUCACAGGAAGAAGAAUCUCGCACUGCUCGCGUCAUCAGAAAGUGCAGUAGCUUGUUUACUCAAUUCAUCACAGGCCUAGAAACAUUGCAAGUGGAUAGAAGAGCGUCCAUGUUUUUUCAAAAAUUGAAUCUUAAUGAAAUGGUAAUGUGUCUUGAAGACUUGAUCAAUUACUUUGCUCAACCCGAGGACGACAUGGAACACGAAGAGAAACAGAAUAAGUUCCGAGCUCUCAGAAAUCGUCAGGAUUUGUUCCAAGAGGAGGGUAUAUUAAAUCUGAUCCUCGAAGCUAUUGACAAGAUUAACGUGAUUACUUCGCAAGGAUUUCUCGUCGCUCUUUCCGGUGACGAGAGCGGUCAGGCUUGGGAUCAGAUAUCCGGGUAUCUCUAUCAACUACUGGCAGCCAUUAUCAAAGGAAAUCACACCAACUGCGCACAGUUCGCCAAUAGUAAUCGUCUGAAUUGGCUGUUUAGCCGAUUGGGCUCGCAGGCUUCCAGUGAGGGAACUGGAAUGUUGGAUGUACUUCAUUGUGUUUUGAUUGAUUCGCCAGAGGCUUUAAAUAUGAUGAGGGAUGAGCAUAUAAAAGUAAUUAUUUCUCUACUGGAGAAACACGGUAGAGAUCCGAAAGUUCUGGACGUCUUAUGUUCGCUAUGCGUCGGUAAUGGUGUCGCGGUACGCUCUUCACAAAAUAACAUUUGUGAUUUUCUGCUGCCUGGAAAAAAUUUGCUCCUCCAAACGCAGCUGGUGGAUCAUGUGGCAAGCGUUAGACCGAAUAUAUUUGUCGGCAGAGUUGAGGGCUCGGCUCUUUAUCAAAAGUGGUAUUUCGAGGUGACAGUGGAUCACAUUGAACAGACGACUCACAUGAUGCCGCACUUGCGAAUUGGAUGGGCGAACACCGCUGGUUAUAUGCCGUAUCCCGGUGGUGGUGAAAAGUGGGGUGGAAACGGCGUAGGUGAUGAUUUGUAUUCAUUCGGAUUCGAUGGCGCUUAUUUAUGGACCGGCGGUAGAAAGACACAAGUAGUUCAAAGUGCCAUCGAGCCUUACAUACGAAAAAGCGACGUGAUCGGUUGCGCUUUGGAUCUAACGGUGCCGGUGAUAACGUUUACUUUCAAUGGCACUCACAUUAUGGGCUCUUUUCGGAACUUUAAUCUAGAUGGCAUGUUCUUCCCUGCUAUCAGUUGCUCGUCUAAACUCUCCUGCAGAUUUUUGUUGGGUGGUGAUCACGGUCGACUAAAGUUUCAAUCACCAGAAGAGUUUUCGCCGCUGGUGGAGAGCCUGCUGCCGCAACAAAUUCUGUCACUAGAUCCAUGUUUCUAUUUUGGUAACAUGAAUAAGGUGGUUCUGGCGGGUCCGUGGCUGGUCGAGGACGACACUGCCUUCGUUCCAGCUCCGGUAGAUACUUCCAUGGUCAACCUGCCUGCCUAUGUCGAGCAGAUUAGAGAUAAACUGGCGGAAAACAUCCACGAGAUGUGGGCGAUGAAUAAAAUCGAAGCCGGUUGGAUCUACGGCGAGGUCAGGGAUGAUCUCAGAAAGAUACAUCCCUGUAUAGUACAAUUCGAGCGACUACCAGCCGCGGAAAAACGCUAUGAUACUCAAUUGGCUGUGCAGACCCUGAAGACCAUUUUGGCACUGGGAUAUUACAUCACCAUGGAUAAGCCCCCAUCUAGAAUAAAAACUUUGAGGCUGCCAAAUGAACCAUUUUUGCAAAGUAGUGGAUAUAAACCAGCACCUCUUGAUUUAUCUGCGAUCACGUUGACUCCCAAAAUGGAGGAGCUCGUAGAUCAAUUAGCAGAGAACACGCAUAAUCUUUGGGCAAAGGAAAGAAUCAGUCAAGGAUGGACAUACGGAUUGAACGAAGAUUCGGAAAUGAGGAGAAGUCCCCACUUGGUACCGUAUCCGAAAGUCGAUGAAGCUAUCAAAAAAGCCAAUCGAGAUACAGCCAGCGAAACCGUCAGGACUCUAUUGGUUUACGGAUACAUGCUCGAUCCACCCACUGGAGAACAGCAUGAGGCAUUACUUUUGGAGGCAAGCAGAUUACGACAAUUAUCCUUCAGGACUUAUAGGGUUGAGAAACAUUAUGCAGUCAGCAACGGAAAAUGGUAUUUCGAGUUCGAAGUUCUUACAGCUGGGCCUAUGCGAGUCGGUUUUGCGAAAGCUGAUUGCAUGCCAGGAAGUAUGCUAGGCAGUGAUGAAAGUACUUGGGCAUUUGAUGGUUAUAACGUGACUAAAGUGCACGCUGGCACCCACGAGUCAUUUGGUCACAAAUAUCAAGUGGGCGACAUAGUUGGAUGUUUCAUUGACGUGGCAGACCGAACGAUCAGUUUCUCCUUAAAUGGAGAACUGCUAAUGGAUGCGCUCGGCGGUGAAACUUCUUUCGCCGAUGUGCAAGGCGACUCUUUCGUGCCUGCGUUUACCCUUGGCGUUGGGCAAAAGGCAAGACUAACAUUCGGCCAAGAUGUAAACACUCUGAAAUUUUUUACUACUUGUGGUUUGCAGGAGGGCUAUGAACCGUUCUGUGUGAACAUGAAUCGUCUAGUCACGUAUUGGUACACGAAAGAUCAGCCCAUUUUUGAAAACACCGACGACAUGGCCGACACGCGAAUCGAUGUGGCUAGGAUACCAGCUGGUUCCGACACACCGCCGUGUAUGAAAAUCUCUCACAACACGUUUGAAACUAUGGAGAAGGCUAAUUGGGAAUUUCUACGAUUAUCAUUACCUGUGAUUUGCCAAUCUAGUUUCAUAACGGAGGGUGAGAAGUUGCGCAGGUGGCAGGAGAUCAAAACGCGACAGAAUAGACUUCUAGCCGAGCAAAUUGAGCAAGGACAGCAGACAGCACCGUCGGGUCAUUUAGAACAGAUUAUGAAAUCCGGUUUCAGUAUGAGCGAUAUCAAAGGACUGCAAAGAAAUUAUUCGGAAGAUGCGGCUGAGGCAGACGAGAUGAUGAAAGAAUCGCCGCUUCCUAUGCAAAGAGGUAAACCUGCCAGACCACCCAGGAAAGGUUCAUUUUAUGGAUCACGUUUAGAUAAUGCGAUCAGUGAUGCUGAAAUGAAUGGAUAUGGCGAGAUGAAUGGUGACAUAAAGGACGAGAAAAAGAAACGCGGUCGCUCACCUUUUCGCAAGCUUAGCAAAGAAAUGGAGGAUACGGACUUGAAAGUCGUCCCGCCACAAAUCCCAGAACGUAACGUUCCCAAGGCAAUGUCUGUUUUAACCGGAAGUGGCGUCGAAGCGAUCGGCAAUGAAAUCUUCGACGCUGAGUGCAUGAAACUAAUGAAUGAAUAUUUCUAUGGCGUUAGGAUAUUCCCCGGUCAAGAUCCGACUCACGUUUACAUUGGCUGGGUUACUUCGCAAUAUCAUCUGCACACGAAGGACUUCAAUUUAUCCCGCGUGAGAAAAGCUUCCGUUGCGAUUAUAGAUGAUUACGAUCGUCUCGUAGAGCAAGUCGACAGACAAAGUUGUUAUAUGGUUCGAGCGGAUGAACUGUACAACGAAGUCACUCAAGAUGCAUCGGGCAAGGGCGCAUCUCAGGGUAUGUUCGUUGGAUGCUUUGUUGAUACUGCCACAGGCUGGGUAUCCUUCACUUGUGAAGGGAAAGAAACGAGUCACAAAUUCAAGAUGGAGCCAGACACGAAACUGUUCCCAGCAAUCUUCGUUGAAGCCACCAGCAAAGAGAUCCUACAGAUCGAACUCGGCAGGACCUCGACAACGCUUCCACUAUCGGCAGCUGUACUGCAGAAUUCUGAACGACACGUGAUACCGCAAUUUCCGCCAAGAUUAAAAGUGCAAUGUCUCAAGCCACACCAAUGGGCCAGAGUGCCAAAUCAGUCUCUUCAAGUACACGCCUUGAAGCUGUCUGACAUCAGAGGCUGGUCAAUGCUAUGCGAGGACGCUAUCUCAAUGCUGGCUCUUCAUAUACCAGAGGAAGAUAGAUGUAUCGAUAUUUUGGAGCUUAUCGAGAUGGAUAAGCUGCUCAGUUUCCAUGCGCACACAUUGACACUGUACGCAGCUCUGUGCUAUCAAUCGAAUUAUCGUGCGGCGCACGCUCUGUGUCAACACGUUGACCAGAAACAAUUGUUAUACGCGAUACGAGCCGAAUACAUGUCCGGGCCCCUGCGACAAGGAUUUUACGACUUACUUAUCGCCCUACAUCUCGAGUCACACGCGACAACGAUGGAAGUAUGCAAAAACGAAUACAUAAUACCGCUUGGUCAAGAAUUAAAGGAUUUGUACGAGAACUACGAGAUGAAACACAGUCUCAGGUACUUGGAGACUGAGUCUAUUCGACCACAAAUGAAAAUGACAGAGAUCAGUGAUCAAGCGAUUGAGAACAUAAAAAACGUAUAUAGCCCACACUUUCCACUCGACGUCGUGCGUGAUUACGUGAUGAUGGCGCUCAACGAAGCCGUCGAAGUGAAUCAGGUGCACAACCGAGAUCCAAUCGGAGGCAGCAACGAAAAUCUCUUCCUACCUCUUCUGAAGCUGGUAGAUAGAUUGCUCUUAGUCGGCAUGCUAAGAAACGAGGAUAUAUUCAAGCUACUCAUCAUGAUAAAUCCUGAAACCUGGGACCCGUCUUUCGAUAAAGAAGGAAAAGACGAGCACAAGAAAGGCUUGCUGCAUAUGAAAAUGGCCGAAGGAGCGAAAUUACAAAUGUGUUAUCUACUUCAUCAUUUAAAUGACAUCCAAUUGCGCCAUCGCGUCGAGUCCAUUAUCGCCUUCGCUUACGAUUUCGUUGGAGAACUGCAGGCAGAUCAAUUGCGACGUUAUAUCGAGAUCAAACAAUCAGAUUUGCCAUCGGCUGUCGCUGCCAAAAAGACCAGAGAAUUCAGAUGUCCUCCACGCGAACAAAUGAAUGCUAUUCUAAGCUUUAAGAAUUUAGAUUUGGAGGAAGAUCCAGACAGUUGUCCCUGCGGCGAGGAUCUCAUUGUCAAGAUGAACGAGUUCCACAGCGAGUUAAUGUCCUACGUAUCCUUGACCGCUCUUCAAGAAGCAGCUAAUGCCGCAAACGAACCAGCCGAAGAAAUUCAGAAACCUGGGGCUAUGAAACGCCUCUUUAAUUUUAUCAACGCUGUCAAAGAACUCGAGGAGGAAUCUAAACCUGAAGCCGAGCCUGAGAAAAAAACUCCAGAAGAGGUAUUUCGCAAGGUACUAAUAUCAACCAUUGUGAGUUGGGCUGAAGAAUCGCAAAUCGAGACACCGAAACUUGUACGAGAGAUGUUCAGCUUAUUAGUCAGGCAAUACGAUACCGUCGGCGAGUUGAUCAGAGCCUUAGAGAAAACUUACAUUGUUAACAACAAGACAAAGGACGAUGUCGCAUUAAUGUGGGUUGGUUUGAGUCAAAUUCGUGCCUUGCUGCCAGUACAAAUGUCUCAGGAGGAAGAAGCGCUAGUUCGAGAGCGACUGUGGAAGCUGGUGAACAAUCACACUUUUUUCCAACAUCCCGAUCUCAUUAGAGUGCUGCGAAUUCAUGAAAACGUUAUGGCCAUUAUGAUGAAUACCCUAGGAAGACGUGCUCAGGCACAGUCUGACGCUCAAACUCAGGCUCAAGCGGCAGAAGGUGAGCCAGCAUCAAAGGAGAAGGACACCUCUCACGAGAUGGUCGUGGCUUGCUGCAGAUUCUUGUGCUAUUUCUGUCGUACAUCCAGACAGAAUCAGAAAGCCAUGUUUGAUCACUUUGACUUUCUGCUGGAGAACAGCAAUAUUCUGCUGGCAAGACCAUCAUUACGAGGAUCAACGCCAUUAGACGUAGCGUAUUCGUCACUAAUGGAAAACACCGAAUUAGCUUUGGCCCUAAGAGAACAUUAUCUAGAAAAAAUCGCUAUCUAUUUAUCGCGAUGUGGCCUGCAGUCCAAUUCAGAAUUAGUGGAGAAGGGCUAUCCUGAUUUAGGAUGGGAUCCUGUCGAGGGUGAACGCUAUCUCGAUUUCUUGAGAUUUUGCGUGUGGGUCAAUGGUGAAAGCGUGGAGGAAAAUGCUAACUUGGUAAUCCGUUUGCUAAUCAGAAGACCAGAAUGCUUGGGCCCGGCUCUUCGAGGCGAAGGUGAAGGUUUAUUGAGAGCCAUUAUAGAAGCUAACAAAAUGUCUGAACGUAUUGCCGAUAGACGAAAAGUUCACGACGAGGCUGAGGGCACGGCUAUGAUGAUGCAAUUCGAACACCCACUGCCGGAAUCAGAUGACGAUGAAGACUACAUCGACACUGGUGCGGCGAUAUUAAAUUUCUAUUGCACUCUCGUUGAUUUGUUAGGCCGCUGUGCUCCAGAUUCUUCGGUUAUAGAACAAGGGAAGAACGAAUCUCUCCGAGCCCGAGCGAUCUUAAGAUCGUUAGUACCCUUGGACGAUCUUCAAGGUGUGCUAUCUUUGCGGUUCACAUUGCUCAAUCCCGCCGCCGGCGAGGAACGACCGAAAAGCGAUACACCGUCUGGUUUAAUACCAGGACACAAGCAAAGUAUUGUGCUAUUUCUCGAACGCGUUUACGGUAUCGAAACGCAAGAGUUGUUCUACAAAUUAUUGGAGGAAGCUUUCUUGCCGGAUCUUCGCGCCGCCACCAUGCUCGACAGAAACGACGGCUACGAAUCCGAAAUGUCGCUCGCUAUGAAUCGUUAUAUAGGAAACAGCAUUUUGCCGUUAUUAAUUAAGCAUUCCAAAUUUUACAAUGAGGCGGAUAAUUACGCGAGUUUACUCGACGCUACAUUGCACACGGUGUACCGACUCAGUAAGAACCGGAUGCUGACAAAGGGUCAACGCGAAGCUGUCUCGGAUUUCCUUGUUGCAUUGACUAGCCAAAUGCAGCCGAGCAUGUUGUUGAAGUUGUUACGAAAGCUGACUGUCGAUGUGUCUAAAUUAUCAGAGUAUACUACAGUAGCUCUCAGAUUGUUAACGCUGCAUUACGAUCGCUGCGCGAAAUAUUACGGUUCCACCGGUUCCACCGGUCAAGGAGCUUACGGUGCGUCGAGCGACGAAGAGAAACGUCUUACGAUGGUCCUCUUUAGCAAUAUAUUCGACUCCCUGUCUAAGAUGGACUACGAUCCGGAAUUAUUCGGAAAAGCGCUGCCUUGCCUGACAGCCAUUGGUUGCGCUCUGCCGCCAGAUUAUUCUUUAUCGAAAAAUUACGACGACGAAUGGUACGGCAGCAAAUCAGCCUCGACUCAAUCACCUGACGGUCCCUACAACCCGCAGCCAAUCAACACUUCCAGCGUGGUGCUCAAUAACGAUCUUAAUCAAAUAGUACAAAAAUUCUCUGAACAUUAUCACGAUGCUUGGGCUAGUCGUAAAUUAGAAAACGGUUGGACUUAUGGCGAGCAAUGGUCGGACGUGAAUAAAACUCAUCCGAGAUUAAAACCGUAUAAUAUGCUGAGUGAUUACGAACGAGAGCGAUACAAGGAACCCGUCAGAGAGAGUUUGAAAGCUCUCCUGGCAAUUGGCUGGAGCGUGGAGCACGCAGAGGUCGAUGUACCGUCGACCAAUCGUAGUUCGAUGAGAAGAUCUUCUAAGAGUCAAGGGGACUCGGCUAAUCCGUUUAAUUACAAUCCCCAUCCGGUGGACAUGACUAAUCUGACGCUAAGCAGAGAAAUGCAGAACAUGGCUGAACGUUUAGCAGAUAAUGCUCAUGAUAUUUGGGCAAAGAAGAAGAAAGAAGAACUUACUACCUGCGGAGGUGGCAUUCAUCCUCAGCUGGUACCUUACGAUCUGUUAACCGACAAGGAGAAACGAAAAGAUCGUGAGCGGUCGCAAGAGUUUCUUAAAUAUUUACAGUAUCAAGGGUACAAGUUUCACAAACCUAAUCGCGGCGGCACGGAGACCGAAGUGGCUGGCGCAGUUGCUGCGGUAGAAUUAAGAUUCGCUUAUUCAUUAUUAGAGAAGUUGAUAGCUUAUUUGGACAAGGCGACGAUCAAUAUGAAGCUCUUGAAACCCUCCGACACGUUCAGUCGAAGAAACAGUUUCAAGACCUCGACAAGAGACAUCAAGUUCUUCAGUAAAGUGGUCCUACCACUAAUGGAAAAGUAUUUUAGCACCCAUAGAAACUACUUUAUCGCUGUAGCUACCGCCACGAACAACGUCGGUGCAGCGUCGUUGAAAGAGAAGGAGAUGGUAGCUGCUCUUUUCUGCAAGUUAGCAAGUUUGCUAAGAUCGAGACUCGCCGCUUUUGGCGCAGAUGUAAGAAUAACGGUUCGUUGCUUGCAAGUGCUAGUAAAAGGUAUAGAUGCUAAGAGUCUCGUAAAGAACUGUCCUGAGUUUAUCCGAACGUCCAUGUUGACUUUCUUCAACAAUACCGCCGAUGAUCUGGGUCACACGAUCCUGAACCUUCAAGAAGGGAAGUAUAGUCAUCUCAGAGGCACCCAUUUGAAAACCUCCACAUCAUUAUCGUACAUCAAUAGUGUGGUUCUACCGGUGCUCACUGCGAUGUUUGACCAUCUUGCCGCGUGCGAGUACGGCAGCGAUUUGUUACUUGACGAAAUUCAAGUAGCAUCAUACAAAAUGUUGGCGUCUCUGUAUACUCUUGGAAUAGACGCUAGUUUAACGCAUGACAGAAAAUACCUCAAGACUGAGAUCGAGCGACAUAAACCUAAUCUAGGCUCCUGCUUGGGUGCCUUUUCAAGUUGCUUCCCAGUGGCCUUCUUAGAGCCUCAUUUAAACAAGCACAAUCAGUAUUCCCUUCUAAAUCGAAUCGCUGAUCAUUCUCUGGAAGCUCAAGAUAUUAUGACAAAGAUGGAAUCGAGUAUGCCAACCUUGGAGACCAUCCUUAAUGAGGUCGAUCAGUUUGUCGAAUCCGAGAAGACCUACAACGAUGCUCCUCACGUCGUUGACGUAAUUCUACCUUUGCUCUGCUCUUAUUUACCAUUCUGGUGGGCGCAAGGACCUGACAAUGUGAGUCCAACUGAAAGUACCUACGUCAGCAUGGUAACGAGCGAUCACAUGAAUCAGUUGCUGAAAAACGUGUUGAAGUUGAUCAAGAAGAAUAUCGGUAAUGAGAACGCACCGUGGAUGACGCGCAUUGCGGCCUAUACGCAGCAAAUCAUUAUCAAUUCGUCCGAGGAAUUAUUAAAGGAUCCAUUUUUGCCUCUCGCCGAACGUGUCAGAAAACGAACGGACACUAUGUACCACAAGGAGGAAUCUCUUCGGGGUUUUAUUAAAUCUUCGACUGACGAUACCUCGCAAGUUGAGGCGCAGAUUCAAGAAGAUUGGCAAUUACUUGUGCGCGAUAUCUACUCAUUCUAUCCCCUAUUAAUAAAGUACGUCGAUCUUCAAAGGAAUCAUUGGCUAAGGAAUAAUACUUCCGAAGCCGAAGAUCUAUACAAUCACGUAGCAGCUAUAUUUAAUAUCUGGUCCAAGUCACAGUACUUCUUACGCGAAGAACAGAAUUUUAUAUCCGCGAAUGAAAUUGAUAACAUGGUGCUCAUCAUGCCCACUGCAACAAGAAGACCUGCUACAGUGUCUGAUGGCACCGCACCUUCCGGAGGGGGCAAAAAAAAGAAAAAGCAUCGCGACAAGAAGAGAGACAAGGAUAAGGAAGUACAAGCAUCCUUGAUGGUCGCUUGCUUGAAAAGAUUGCUACCUGUUGGCUUAAAUCUCUUCGCUGGUCGCGAACAGGAAUUAGUGCAGCAUUGCAAAGACAGAUUCCUGAAAAAGAUGCCGGAAUCUGACAUCUCGGAAUUUGCCAAGACUCAACUGACACUGCCGGAUAAGAUCGAUCCUGCCGACGAAAUGUCUUGGCAACAUUAUCUAUACUCUCAAUUAGGUCAGAAGAAGGAUGUAAUGGAGCCUGUAAAAGCUCAGCAGCUCGAAGAUGUCGUUGCUAGAAUCACCGACAUGGCCAAAGUCUUGUAUGGUUUACAUAUGAUAGAUCAUCCACAACAGCAGAGCAAGAGUCAAUAUCGUUCAGUGGUGUCGAUCCAGCGUAAACGAGCGGUAAUCGCUUGCUUCCGCCAACUUUCCCUACAUUCCUUGCCAAGGCAUCGAGCGAUAAAUAUUUUUGCACGAACGUAUUACGAGCUGUGGUUACAAGAUGAAAAUGUGGGUCAAGAAGUUAUGAUCGAGGAUCUUACGCAAUCGUUCGAGGAUGCUGAGUUGAAGAAAAUGGAUAAGGCUGAGGACGAAGGCAAGCCCGAUCCAUUGACACAAUUGGUGACUACAUUCUGUCGUGGUGCUAUGACUGAACGAUCAGGCGCUCUUCAAGAAGAUCCGCUUUACAUGAGUUAUGCUCAAAUUAUCUCGAAAUCAUGCGGGGAGGAAGAGGAAGAGGGUGAAGAAGAAGGUGGAGGUGAAGAAGAAGGAGGAGCUUCGAUCCAUGAGCAAGAAAUGGAGAAGCAAAAACUCUUGUUCCACCAAGCUCGUUUAGCAAAUCGCGGCGUCGCCGAAAUGGUUCUUCUGCACAUAUCAGCAUGUAAGGGCAUUCCCAGCGAGAUGGUGAUGAAGACUUUAGAGCUUGGAAUUUCGAUCCUGCGUGGUGGUAAUAUCGAAAUUCAGCGAGGAAUGCUGAAUCAUCUGAAGGAGAAAAAGGACGUCGGUUUUUUCACGUCCAUUGCAGGUCUAAUGAACUCUUGCAGCGUGCUGGAUCUGGACGCUUUCGAGAGGAAUACGAAAGCUGAGGGUCUCGGUGUUGGUUCCGAGGGUGCAGCUGGUGAGAAGAAUAUGCACGACGCCGAAUUCACUUGCGCCUUAUUCCGCUUUAUCCAACUCACCUGCGAGGGUCACAAUCUCGAUUGGCAGAACUACCUUAGGACACAGGCUGGUAAUACGACGACGGUGAACGUGGUCAUUUGCACCGUCGAUUACCUACUGCGAUUGCAGGAAUCGAUCAUGGACUUUUACUGGCAUUACUCGAGCAAGGAACUCAUCGACCCUGCCGGCAAAGCAAACUUUUUCAAAGCUAUUGGAGUUGCCAGUCAAGUUUUUAACACUCUCACUGAGGUUAUUCAAGGCCCAUGCGCACAGAAUCAACAAGCUUUAGCGCACUCAAGAUUGUGGGACGCAGUCGGAGGUUUUCUUUUCUUAUUCUCGCAUAUGCAAGACAAACUAUCGAAGCACUCCAGUCAGGUGGAUCUUCUGAAAGAAUUGCUUAACUUGCAAAAAGACAUGAUUACCAUGAUGCUUUCCAUGCUUGAAGGUAAUGUCGUGAACGGGACGAUUGGAAAACAGAUGGUAGACACUUUGGUCGAGUCGGCUAGUAAUGUAGAAUUAAUUUUGAAGUACUUCGACAUGUUCUUGAAACUAAAGGAUCUUGUAUCAUCGCCGAGUUUCUUGGAAGUCGAUCUUAACAAUGACGGUUGGGUGUAUCCUAAGGAUUUCAAGGAGAAGAUGGAGCAACAGAAGAGUUAUACCAGCGAGGAAAUUGAAUUUCUCCUGGCCUGUUGCGAGACGAAUCACGACGGCAAGAUCGAUUAUGUUGCUUUCAUGGAUCGUUUCCAUGAACCGUCGAAGGAAAUCGGUUUUAAUCUGGCUGUAUUACUCACCAAUCUGUCCGAACACAUGCCUAACGAACCGAGACUAGCCAGAUUCCUUGAGACAGCCGGCUCUGUUCUAAAUUACUUCGAGCCGUUCUUAGGCAGAAUUGAGAUCCUUGGUGGUAACAAGAAAAUUGAGCGCGUGUACUUCGAGAUCAAAGAGUCGAACAUCGAACAGUGGGAGAAGCCGCAAAUUAAAGAAUCGAAGAAGACCUACUUCUACAACACGGUAGUUGAGGCUGGCGAGAAAGAGAAACUCGAAACCUUCAUCAACUUUUGUGAAGACGCUAUUUUUGAAAUGCAACACGCGAGUGCGUUGAUGACCGUAGAGGAAAGCGGCGGAAUCGGCAAAGCAAGGGAAUCGUCGUACACGUAUAUGACCGAGGAUGAUGAAGAAAGAAAUAAAGAUCCAAUCAGGCGGGGUAUACAAGCCAUCAAAGAUGGUGUUUACUUCUUUUUUUACAUGUUCUCGCCUACCAAUAUUAAGAACAAGAUCGCUGAAAUGCAACAGAUGACGAUACCCGAGCUCUUCAUUGGUUUCUUCAAGAUGAUUUUCUACGCCUUUUAUUAUUCCGGCUUCGGUGUUGGCUGUGUGAUCAAGUAUUUCAUGAGACUUCUAUUGACAUUAAUGAGAGGACCGCAUGUGGAGGAGCCUGUUGUAGUCAAGGAGGAGGAAGAGAAACCGUCGAGACAUUUACCCGCUUUGCCACCGACGCCGGAUGAAUCAAAUUUACAAGUGCAAGCCUUCGGAAUGGAUAUAACGAAAGAAGAAGGAGGGCAAAUAAAACUAGCGCCACACGAAUCGGCUACUUCUACGCCGCAAUCCAGUAUCGAAGAAACGGGUGAGAGUACACCUGAAGAGGGUACUGGCGAGGAUGGAACGAGAGCUGAAGGAGGAGAAAGCGAGCCGCCUGUUACUUUAGCUGAUCUACUUGGCGGAGAACAAGCCAGAGCGCAAGCUGCCGCAGCGGCAGAAGCAGCGGCGGCACAACAAGCAGCCAUGGCAGCAGUUGAAGCCGAAGCAAAGCAAGAAAUUUCAGCCGAACCUUCCACAGGAUCGAGCAUCGAUCUAUCCGAAUACAGCCAUCGUAUAGUAUCCUUCUUGGCCAGGAAUUUCUACAAUCUGAAAUAUGUCGCGCUAGUUCUCGCCUUUUGUAUCAACUUUAUGCUACUAUUCUAUAAGGUUACGUCUUUGGCUGAUGAUUCGGAUGAAGAAAGUAGUGGACAAAUAGCGGAUUUGUUAACGGAAAUAUCAGGCGAGAGGACAUCGGGUUUGGCAGGUAGUGGUAUGGAAAUAGGCAGCGGUAGUGGUGAAAAUGGUUCGGAAGAAGAAGACGAAGACGUUCAGGAAUUUGUUGAAGUGUCUGAGGAUUAUUAUUAUAUGGCUCACGUCAUGAGGUUACUGGCUGCUCUUCAUUCAAUUGUUUCACUCGCUAUGCUCGUCGCGUAUUAUCAUUUAAAGGUACCAUUGGCCAUAUUCAAACGAGAGAAGGAAAUUGCACGACGAGUAGAAUUCGAUGGAUUAUACAUAGCUGAAACACCAGAAGAAGAUGACAUUAAAGCGCACUGGGAUAAAAUGGUAAUAUCAGCGAAGACUUUCCCCGUUAAUUAUUGGGACAAAUUUGUAAAGAAGAAAGUCCGACAAAAAUACAGCGAGACGUACGAUUUCGAUUACAUCAGCAAUUUGCUCGGAAUGGAAAAGACUUCUUUCAGCCAGCAGGAAGAAGAAGGAUCUGGCUUAAUACAUUUCAUUGUAAAUAUCGACUGGAGAUAUCAAAUAUGGAAAGCCGGAGUCACGAUUACCGAUAACGCUUUUUUGUACAGUUUGUGGUACUUUACAUUUUCAAUCCUCGGCAACUACAACAAUUUUUUCUUCGCCGCUCACCUGUUAGACGUCGCGGUCGGUUUCAAAACUUUACGAACAAUCUUACAAUCGGUAACACAUAACGGCAAGCAGUUGGUCUUAACAGUGAUGCUACUGACAAUCGUAGUAUACAUUUACACUGUGAUAGCCUUCAAUUUCUUCAGAAAGUUCUAUAUACAGGAGGAAGACGAUGAAACAGACAAGAAAUGUCAUCAUAUGCUAACAUGUUUCAUUUUCCAUUUGUACAAAGGCGUAAGAGCCGGCGGUGGUAUAGGCGAUGAAAUUGGUGAACCUGACGGUGACGAUUACGAGGUUUAUCGUAUAAUGUUCGACAUCACGUUCUUCUUUUUCGUGAUCGUCAUUCUGUUGGCUAUCAUUCAGGGUUUGAUCAUCGAUGCGUUCGGCGAACUUCGAGAUCAGCUCGAUAAUGUAAAGACAAAUAUGGAGAGUAACUGCUUCAUUUGCGGUUUAGGAAAGGAAUAUUUCGAUGCGGUACCGCAUGGGUUCGAUACUCAUGUGCAACAAGAGCAUAAUUUAGCAAAUUACAUGUUCUUCCUUAUGCACUUGAUUAACAAACCAGACACCGAAUACACUGGUCAGGAGACUUACGUGUGGAAUAUGUAUCAACAAAGGUGUUGGGACUUCUUCCCGGUGGGCGAUUGCUUCCGUAAGCAGAACGAGACGGUAGAAGAAGAGGCCAAGAAAAAAUAAAAUUAAUCCUGAUUCUAAUUAAGGUGACCAAUAGAAACGAUCGAUCUUACUUGACGAAGAGGACUCUCCUCAUCGAACAGUGUCUUCGAUAAUUUAGCAUAAAUUUUUGCUCACCAAGAGUGCGUGGUUAGCACUCAUUUAAAAUCAAAUUUCGAAAGUUCUACAUCUUACCUCAUAACGACAAAGAAAGGAUUUUUAUCUUGUAAACUUAUGCCUCCGUUUUCCACUUGGUAAUUUAUUCCGGCUAACUAAUAGACUUUCUGACGUGUGAAUGUAAUGCAUUAAUUGCGUACUGCGUGUAAUGAGGAUUACAGAGAAAUUCGUGUCUGAUACCGCAUCGGGGGAAUAAAAUUGAACAUAUUUUUCCAACUUUGUAAAAAAUGGCAUAAACUGUAUCAUCAAAACCAGCAAUUUCCUCUUUUAGAUUAUAUUUCUAAUAUUAGAUAGCAAAAUCAUUGACAGAAGCUCGAUUUCCUUCGAUUAGCGGUACGUUAUUGUUAAAUCGUUGGAAAUGGUGGAACCGACUGCACAAAUUUACAUAUUCAUAGCGUUACAAUAUUGCCUUCUUUUCAUACGUCGGAUGAUCUAUACUGUAUAAUUUUAUGCUACAUCGCAUAAAAUACGAAAAGCGAUAAUAAGUUUAAGAUAUAUAAUAAUAGAAUAAGUAAAAUUAAAGAUGUUUAAAGUUUAUGUAAUGUGCAAAUCUUUUUCUGACUUAUAUGAAAGCGGGAACUUUUUGGACAUUAUAUAUGACUAGGCUCACGAUAUAUCUGAGAAUGUCAAUAUAUUGUAAAUAAAAUUCUACAGCAGGACUAUCUGGUAAUAAAUAAAGACAUACUUCU